AUGACUGCCACAGAUAUGGAUAUCGAGAAGAAAGCGGCCAUGGCCGUUGAGCCUGCCGAGUGUCUCCCUUCAGCCGAUGAAGUUGUGUCGGUCGGCAAGAUCAAUCCCUUGAAGAGAAACCUCAAGAAUCGUCACAUGCAGAUGAUCGCCGUCGGCGGUGCUAUUGGAGCUGGUCUAUUCGUUAGUACGGGGAGUGCAUUGAGAACGGGCGGGCCUGGCGCUUUGCUGCUUGGCUAUUUGAUAGUUGGAGGAAUGCUUCUUCUCACAGUUCAAGCUCUGGGAGAAUUGGCCGUGCUGUAUCCUGUCAACGGUGCUUUCUUCACAUACUGUGUCCGGUUUAUUAGUCCAGCCUGGGGGUUCGCCGUUGGUUGGGAUUAUGCUAUCGGAUGGUUGAUUAUUCUACCCUUCGAACUCACAGCUGCGAGUAUAACCAUUCAGUAUUGGCGAGACGACUUGAACGUUGGUAUAUGGAUAGCAGUGUUCCUGGUUGUGCUCUCUUGCAUCCAAUUAUUCGGCGUUAGAGGCUAUGGAGAAGUUGAAUUCGUCCUCGGAACGAUCAAAGUCAUUUCAGUGAUCGGGUUUAUUAUCCUUGGAAUUGUUAUCGACUGCGGCGGUGCACCCCAGGGAGGUUAUAUUGGAACUAAAUACUGGCGUGACCCGGGCGCGUUCACAGACUUCAAGGGCUUCUGCUCAGUCUUUGUUACAGCUGCCUUCGCCUUCGGUGGAACAGAGAUGGCUGGUCUCGCUGCUGCCGAGGCUACAAACCCAGCCAAGUCCAUCCCCAAAGCAACGAAGCAGGUCUUUUGGCGUAUUAUGAUCUUCUAUGUCCUCGGAACAUUCAUUGUUGGCUUGAUUGUGCCUUCAAACGCCGAAUGGCUGCUCGGAGCCUCGGGCGCCAACACCAAGGCCUCGCCUUUUGUCGUCUCAAUCAAGAAUGCUGGUAUCGCUGGUCUGCCCUCUGUCAUGAAUGCGAUUAUCACUAUUUCAGUCAUCAGUGUCGCCAACUCUGCAACAUAUGGAUCAAGUCGGACUAUUCAAGCUCUGGCUGCACGGGGCAUGGCGCCAAAAUUCAUGGCAUACAUCGACAAGGGAGGACGCCCUCUCUACUGCAUUCUUCUGCAGACCACCUUUGGAUUCCUCGCUUUCAUUAACGAGGCAUCAUCCGGAAGUACCAUCUUCGACUGGCUUCUUGCCUUGUCUGGUAUCUCUGACUUCUUCAUCUGGGGAAGUAUCUGUCUCGCGCACAUCCGAUUCCGCUCCGCCUGGAAGGCCAAUGGACACACGACAAAGGAACUCGCAUAUGUGGCUCCAUUCGGCGUUGUUGGAAGUUGGAUUGGUCUAUCACUUAACGUUUUAUGUCUCAUUGCCGAGUUUUACGUUUCAGUUGCCCCGAAAGAUGCUGAGGGCUUCUUUGAGAGUUAUCUCGCUGCGCCUCUUGUCAUCUUCCUGUUUGUGGCCUGGUUGAUUUACACCAAGCUAAUCAAAGACCCGAAGCUGGAUCGUGGUGGAUGGUUCGUCUCAGCUGAUAAGAUGGACAUCAUUAGUGGCUUGCGUGACGGUGCACUUGAUGUUGACCUUCCUCCUAAAGUCGAAUAUGCUACCUGGGGAGAGUGGUUUAAGGCUGCUCCUUUGCGGAUUGCUCGCUCUAUUAUCUGA